CCGCAAUUAUUUUUCACCUCUCUUUAACUUAACCAAUAAGACUCGUGGGAACUAGAGUUUGACAGCCAUUCCUCCCUCCCCCCCCUCUUCACUUUCCCUCUUCCGCGGCUCCGAUUUCCCGAUUUCCGUUCUAAUUUCCACCACAAAUCCGACUCGAUUCAGCUCUCGUCCUGCAGUUUUUCAAUUCGAAUUCUGCCUGCUCUGAUAGAGAUCCAGUGCUGCGGGAAUUUCUGGUCUUGCGACUUUUCCGCGUAGCGAUUUUUAGGGCUUGGGACCGGAGGGAGAAGAAAUGAAAAUGGAGGUGUCGAUGCAGUCGCUGCCCCUGGGGUUUCGAUUCCGGCCUACGGAUGAAGAACUCGUCAAUCACUAUCUCAGGAAGAAGAUCAACGGCCGUAAUAUGGAGGUCCAGGUUAUCCCUGAAAUUGAUGUUUGCAAAUGGGAGCCCUGGGAUCUUCCUGGUCUGUCCGUGAUCAAGACGGAUGAUCCAGAGUGGUUCUUCUUCUGCCCCCGCGACCGCAAGUACCCAAAUGGGCAGCGUUCAAACAGGGCUACUGAAGCUGGAUACUGGAAAGCCACGGGCAAGGACCGUACUAUCAAGUCCAGGAAGUCCGGCUGCAGCCCAAUUCCAAUCGGCAUGAAGAAGACCUUGGUCUUUUACAGGGGCCGUGCCCCCAAGGGUGAGCGCACUCACUGGAUUAUGCACGAGUAUCGUCCUACUCUGAAAGAUCUCGAUGGCACCGGACCCGGCCAGACUGCGUAUGUCCUUUGUCGCUUGUUCCGAAAGGAAGAGUUGAUCAAUGUUGGGAAAUAUGGUGAUGUGGAGCAAACUGGCGACUCUCCUACCACCACCAAGUCUUCCCCAGAUGAUGAUGAUGCAUCGUGCGACAACAUGACCCCUACUGCUUUGAUACCACCUACUGAUAGCAGCUGCAACAAUAGUCAUAUGAAUUCAGAUGUGGAAGAUCAUGGAGCUGACCAAAAUGCCGGGGAGGUGAAGUUUGGCAAUGCACUGGCGGUGGACGGAAGUUCUCAUCCCGAUGAGCUCACAUCUGGCAGGGUCGAUUGCAAAGUCUUCUCCCCAAUGCAGCCCAAUCCUUAUGGAGACUUGGGACUUGGUUUUGAGCCACAGUAUGCCAAUGACUUUGGUGAUGACCUUAAUGGACUCCUUUUUCAGGAUGGCACAAGUGAACAAGAUCUAUCCCUCACUGAGUUGUUGGAUGAGGUUUUCAAUGGUCACGAUGAUUGGUCUUGUGAAGUAGCCUCCAGUGAGAAGAAACCAGUCAUACAGCUAGAUAACUUCCAUGUAAUUGAUGGUAAUCAUCCCUACACGGAUAUGGAUACAAAAAUGACUAAAGAACAGAUGGAUUCGUCUUUUGGAUCUUUUGGCGCACAAAAACCGUUCUUUGACGGGCAAAUUGGAAGCAGAAAUGUUGGUGACCUCAGAGAUGGUAUUGCGAGCCAUGUUGCUGCACGUGGUGCUGAUUCCACAACAAGCACGUCCUUUGAAAUGUUCCAAGCAGUGGAUAACUCUGUAAGCUUUAGCAACGAUAUUGGUGGGAGUACAGGAGUCGAGAUUAGAACACGGCAGGCCCAAGCUCAAUCAUAUUCGGACAACUUCCUCCCUCAGGGUACUGCUCCAAGGAGACUACGGCUGCAGGCAAAAUUCUCUACAGGGCAUAGUGGUACCGGCCCAGUGAGAGACACCAGCUGCUUGGAGGAUGAAGAUGAAGUGCAAUCAUCACUGACCGAGAACCAAGAUGAGACUGCUGAUGAGCAACCAAAAGAAGACGGCCAUUUUGACAAGAGCAGCAGCGCGGGGAACACGACCUUGAGACAGCGGGUGAAAGGGGAUCGUGACGGGUUUGCUGAGAAGGGUUCCCUUGGUGUCACAAGUGCAGGUUCAGAUUCUGUGACUUGUGUGAAGGGUGGGUUUAGAACGGCUUGGGUGAUUGGUAUAUCUGGAGCCCUGUUUCUGGCGGUGGGUUUGGUUGGGAUAUGCGGAUUUCUAUGGUCGUGAUGGCAGAUUCCUGGUGCGGGGGGGAAGCAAUUCUAGUGAGGCUCAUAGUCAACUUAGUGGUUUUGAUUUUUUCGUUCUGUUCUGUUGUGAUUUGUUAAUAGUGGUUUUUAGUCUUUAAGAGGUGGGUCUGAUGCAGGACAUAGAGUUUAGUAUGGAAUUUAGUACAAAAACAGAGAAUGAUGUGGUUAGGACCCGACUAGUUUUCCCCCGUGGUUUUGUUGUUCUCUCUAUUAUUCUGACUAGACAAUCUAAUCAUCUUAUAUUAGAACUUUAUGGUUGUAGGCCGACUCAUCAGCUUCAUAAUAAAUGUGUGUAAAUCAAGGUGAUUUACCCAGAGUCGAAACAGGUUGGUCGAACCGGAUUCCAU